UCUUGCUACCCAAGAAGGUUGUUAAGAGUAUUGAUGCUGCUUUUAGGAAUUUUGUUUGGACAGGAAAGUGGGAUCAAUCAGCAAUGGCACUUGUGGCUUGGUCAGAUAUAUGUGUUCCUAAAACUGAGGGAGGCUUAGGAGUUAAACAGUUAGCUAGUUGGAAUCGAGCUGCUUUGUGCAAAUAUAUUUGGCUAAUUUGUAAAAAGCAACAAGACCUUUGGGUACAAUGGGCUCAAGUAGUUCUACUAAAGGGGGAAAGCAUAUGGAAAGUAAAGUUACCAAACGAUUGUUCCUGGUCCUGGAAGCAGAUUUUGAAGAUGAGAACUAGUAUUAAAGACCAAGUUUGGGUUCAAAUUGGGGAUGGCAGGCAGACAUCUCUUUUUUAUGAUCUGUGGUUGGAAGGUGGAAGAAUAUGCGAUCUGGUACAAGUUAGAGAAGAGUUGAUGGCAUGGGGGCAUGGCAGUGUUGUGGCUAAAUGGUGGAAUGCUGGGGCCUGGCAUAUGCCGGACAGUUUUGUUCGUAAGUACCCUUCCCUUGCCCAGUUAAUAUCAUCUAAAAGCCUCCAAGAUAGGGAGGAUAAGGUUGUGUGGAGGCCUACUGUAGCUGGUGGCUUUUCUAUUGCUAGUUGCUAUAAUUUGUUGAGAGUUAAGCAACCGAAAGUUAAUUGGCAUAGGCUAGUUUGGUCAAGUGGAAAUUUUCCUCUGCAUAGUUUUAUUCUAUGGUUGGUUGUGCGUGGUAGAUUGAAGACUAAAGUCUUAUUGGCAUCCAGGGGUAUGAUCAUUGAUCUAGAAUGCUGUUUUUGUGGGAGGAAACCUUUGUCUUGGACAAAUGAAUGGAGAUGGAUACUACGACAUGGAAGAGGAAGAGCUAUUAUUAAGAGGAAGCUCCGUGCUGCACUAGCUGCCUCAAUAUACUACAUAUGGCAAGAGCGGAAUAUGCGGUUGUUUAAGGACAAGUCAAGUACAGUAGAUAACAUUAAUAGGAGAAUUUCUUACUUUUUGAAAUUGCAAUUUUGAGUAUUUAAAGGAUGUUAACCCAGGGUAUGCCCGGGUGAUUAUUGUGGAUAUGUGGUUUACAUGCAAUGGAAAAGCUUGCUUUUUUCAAAAAAUUAUAUUAAUUUUA